AGGUGUCCUCAGCCCAUGGAUGGCAGCGCCCGCCUCCACGCGCCAGUGCCCUCCUGCUCCCCUACCUCCCCCUUGGCCACCCCUGGCCAUCCCCAGCCCUGCAGCGCCGAGGGCGGAGGAGAGGCCACCCGCCCCCAGCAGAGGGCUCCGCGAGAGCUGCAGCGGCGGUGGGGGCCCCGCAGAGAUUGGGGCCCAUGGUUUGAAGACUGUUCACAGGCACCCCGAGACAGCGUCCCCCCUCUGGGCGCACUGGAUUUGACGUUGCAGGACGCGCGGCUGGAAGCCCCCCAGGCCCCGCUGCUCACAGACCGGGACUCCGCCUCCGGUUCCCGAGGGCGUGGCGAGGCGCUGCGGGACGCCCAACAGGAUGCCUUCCGUGCCUUCCAUCAAGAUCUCAAUUUUGUGCGCAAGUUCCUACAGCCCCUGUUGAUUGGAGAGCUGGCUCCGGAAGAACCCAGCCAGGAUGGACCCCUGAAUGCGCAGCUGGUCGAGGACUUCCGAGCCCUGCACCAGGCAGCCGAGGACAUGAAGCUGUUUGAUGCCAGUCCCACCUUCUUUGCUUUCCUACUGGGCCACAUCCUGGCCAUGGAGGUGCUGGCCUGGCUCCUCAUCUACCUCCUGGGUCCUGGCUGGGUGCCCAGUGCCCUGGCCGCCUUCAUCCUGGCCAUCUCUCAGGCUCAGUCCUGGUGUCUGCAGCAUGACCUGGGCCAUGCCUCCAUCUUCAAGAAGUCCUGGUGGAACCACGUGGCCCAGAAGUUCGUGAUGGGGCAGCUAAAGGGCUUCUCCGCCCACUGGUGGAACUUCCGCCACUUCCAGCACCACGCCAAGCCCAACAUCUUCCACAAAGACCCAGAUGUGACGGUGGCGCCCGUCUUCCUCCUGGGGGAGUCAUCCGUCGAGUAUGGCAAGAAGAAACGCAGAUACCUACCCUACAACCAGCAGCACCUGUACUUCUUCCUGAUCGGCCCGCCGCUGCUCACCCUGGUGAACUUUGAAGUGGAAAAUCUGGCGUACAUGCUGGUGUGCAUGCAGUGGGCGGAUUUGCUCUGGGCCGCCAGCUUCUAUGCCCGCUUCUUCUUAUCCUACCUCCCCUUCUACGGCGUCCCUGGGGUGCUGCUCUUCUUUGUUGCUGUCAGGGUCCUGGAAAGCCACUGGUUCGUGUGGAUCACACAGAUGAACCACAUCCCCAAGGAGAUCGGCCACGAGAAGCACCGGGACUGGGUCAGCUCUCAGCUGGCAGCCACCUGCAACGUGGAGCCCUCACUUUUCACCAACUGGUUCAGCGGGCACCUCAACUUCCAGAUCGAGCACCAGUGCCAGCAUACGCUCCCCACCCCCAGCCUCUUCCCCAGGAUGCCGAGACACAACUACAGCCGGGUGGCCCCGCUGGUCAAGUCGCUGUGUGCCAAGCAUGGCCUCAGCUACGAAGUGAAGCCCUUCCUCACCGCGCUGGUGGACAUCGUCAGGUCCCUGAAGAAGUCUGGUGACAUCUGGCUGGACGCCUACCUCCAUCAGUGAAGGCAACACCCAGGCGGGCAGAGAAGGGCUCAGGGCACCAGCAACCAAGCCAGCCCCCGGCGGGAUCGAUACCCCCACCCCUCCACUGGCCAGCCUGGGGGUGCCCUGCCUGCCCUCCUGGUACUGUUGUCUUCCCCUCGGCCCCCUCACAUGUGUAUUCAGCAGCCCUAUGGCCUCGGCUCUGGGCCUGAUGGGACAGGGGUAGAGGGAAGGUGAGCAUAGCACAUUUUCCUAGAGCGAGAAUUGGGGGAAAGCUGUUAUUUUUAUAUUAAAAUACAUUCAGAUGUA